CUCCCUUCUCUUCCUGAUCACCACCCGACGUCACUAAUGAAUGUAAUUUGUGAAACGCUUUGGGGUGGCGCGACCAGUCUUCUGCUGAAAGCCUGUUGUCCACUUGACAAUUCUUUGGAGCAGGCUGAUAAAGCAAAAGACGCUGAUCUAGAAGUUUCUGCCCCGCCGUGCUGAGUUUCACAGUGUAUAUGCGCAUUUCGGUGCGCAAUUGAUGGAUCAGCACACGGAUCUUUGCCUUUACUCGAUAGAGAAGUAGUUUUUUGUGAUGGCAACUAGACAGGGGGUGGGCCUUGCCCGCCUUCUUUGCCAGCGGGGUCGCAGGGCCACUGGCCUUCUCGAGUCAUCGCUGGACUCCCAAUUGCCAUUUGCGGCCGUCCGAUGGAGGGGAAAGCAUCACUCCGCCAAUCACGACUUUUUGCAAGAGUCUCCUUGCGCAUUCCUGUCGUCCAACUCUUCAGAAGAUUCAGAGUCUGAGGAGAGGAACACGCGGCCGGCACUGACGGUUGAUCCCGCCUGGCUCAGAGCAGCACCGUUUCGGUUGCAUCCACAUCACAGCGCAUCUUCACUGAAUCUACCAUAUACCGUCCGAUGGUCGCCUUCAACGCCGGAAUUGUCUGUCCGGUGGUUCUCCUCAAAACCAGGCAGUGAUGCGGCAGCUCUGGGGGCAGAAUUUCAGGGCGCCGUGGCGGAGGUGCUCAAAUCAGAGCACGGGGAGCGGCUCCAGAAAGAAACGAGCGCCAGCGAGGCGGCAGCGUGCGAUGACGCGGUGAACAGUCUGAGCGAGGCGCAGAAGAAAGCAAAGCAGAAGGAGGCCGCCAAGAAGGACAAGACUAUACUGCAGCAGGCGAUUGCCACAAUUGUUGGCAUUCCAGCAGCUCUGCGUGCCGUAUUUUCCAUGAGCGGGGCAGAUUGGGUCAGAACCUUCAAGGGCUGGGGUACAGCCAUUAAAGAGACGGCGCAGCAUUAUUGGGUCGGCACCAAGCUCCUAUGGGCCGAUGUCCGGGUUGCGUCGCGCCUGCUCCUCAAAGUGGCCAACGGGAAGAGCCUCACGCGGCGCGAGCGCAAGCAACUGACGCGGACGGUCGCCGACGUGUUCCGGCUGGUUCCGUUUGCGAUCUUUGUCAUCGUUCCGUUCAUGGAGUUCCUGCUGCCCGUCUUCCUGCGCUUCUUCCCCAACAUGCUGCCGUCCACGUUCCAAGACAAGAUGAAGGAGGAGGAGCUGAUGAAGAAGAAGCUGCAGGCGCGGCUGCAGUACGCGCGCUUCCUGCAGGAGACGGUCGGCGAGAUGGCGCGCGAGGUGAAGAGCACGAGCACGGGCGAGAAGAAGAAGACCGCCGAGGACCUCGUGGCCUUCAUGCAGAAGGUCCGCACCGGGCAGCACGUCUCGAACGAUGACAUUGUCAACUUCGCCAAGCUGUUCAACGACGAGCUCACAUUGGACAACAUCAGCCGUCCCCGGCUGGUGAGCAUGUGUAAAUACAUGGGGCUGUCACCGUUUGGUACGGACGCAUAUCUUCGGUACACUCUGAGGGCGCGAUUAAACUGGAUCAAGGAGGACGACAAGUUGAUACAGCGCGAGGGCGUCGACUCGCUGACCGAGAAGGAGCUGCGGUCGGCGUGCCGGCAGCGGGGCAUGCUCAUGGUUGGGAAUAUGACGGAGGACGAGAUGCGAAUGGAGAUUCGGGAGUGGCUCGAUCUGUCCCUGAACCGGUCUCUGCCAUCGUCACUGCUCAUCCUCUCGAGAAUCGUCACACGGAACCUGGACGACGCAGUCGUCCAAAGCACACUGCCUCUCAUUCUAGUUCCUCCACCGGACAGCUCUCGGGCGUCCGGCCAAACGGAAACGGACACGCCCAAGGACGCCGACAUGCGUCUGCUUUGGAGCUCACGGACUGCCCCCUCACCGCCACUGCCCGCUACUGCCUUUUCACUGCCCGAGCAAGCGUUACCGCUGCCCCUACCGUUACCGUUCCCGCAAGCUUCGCCGUUUCCGGGGGGAGCCUCGCUCGCGGCCCCGGGGUUCGUACACGGCGCGCAGUUUAGUUCGAUGUCGAGGCCGCCGAACGGCGACCGAAGUAGAAACGGUGCUGCGGUGCUGUGGGAUGCGAGGAUGGCGAGGACUGCUCUCUCGAUGGGGUCGAUGGCGAGCAGCCGCGCGCCGUUCCUGAACGGGAGGAGCCACGGCGGGGCGCAGUUCUCGCACACCGACUCGAAACCGCAGCCCCUAGUCUCACAAGCGUCCGUCAAAACCGCGCCGGCUGCUCGCGGCGUUGCUGGUAGAGAACCCCAGCCCCCGGUGCAAGUGACCGCUCUAGUUUCGUCGCGCACUCCCACAGCCCAAGAGAUCAUAAGCCGGGUCCUUCGCCAGCUGUCCGACCAGAAAACGGCGAGCGACGAGUCACUGAGGAGUCGCGCUUUGGUUCCAUACGCAAAUCGGCCGCUGCCCGUCUCGGCCCUUCUCGCAAGUCUGCGUAACCGGCAGCACAAACCCAGCUCUAAACCGGGGGUUAGCAGCGGCCUGGUUCCGGUCCCCCCCCAUCCCGGCACAUUCACAAAUCACGGCAGCCACGCCCUGCCCCCCACUUCCACCCCCCCACAAAACACAGCCUCUGAGGCCCCCCGGCCUGCGGCCCACGUCACAAUUUUGCUGCCAUACGAGGAAACGGCGUAUGAGGAGAGCUCGGGGGAUCCCUCGCAGCAGUCGUUUGAGGCCGCGCUUAGCGGGCUCCCGUUCCGGCCGUCGGGGCUCCGGAUGAGCCGGUCGAAGCUUGCUGAAAUGUGGAACUCAGACUGA